AUGCUCAGCUCAGUGUGCGUCUGGUCGUUCCGCGGGCGCCAGGGGACCGGCAAGCAGCAGCCUCAGCCGGCGCCAACGCCGCAGCCGCCUGAGUCCUCACCGCCGCCUCUGCCGCCACCGCUGCAGCAGCAGUGCGCUCAGCCCGGCACCGCCGCCUCCCCGGCGGGUGCCCCGCUUUCCUGCGGGCCUGGGGGCCGGCGUGCCGAGCCAUGCCCCGGGCUGCCGGCGGUGGCCAUGGGGCGGCACGGCGGCGGCGGCGGCGACAGCGGUAAGAUCGUGAUCAACGUGGGCGGCGUGCGCCAUGAGACGUACCGCUCCACGUUGCGCACCCUGCCGGGGACCCGGCUGGCCGGGCUGACCGAGCCCGAGGCGGCCGCACGCUUUGACUACGACCCGGGCACGGACGAGUUCUUCUUCGACCGUCACCCGGGCGUCUUCGCCUACGUGCUCAACUACUACCGUACCGGCAAGCUGCACUGCCCGGCCGACGUGUGCGGGCCGCUCUUCGAGGAGGAACUGGGCUUCUGGGGCAUCGACGAGACGGACGUGGAGGCCUGCUGCUGGAUGACCUACCGCCAGCACCGUGACGCUGAGGAAGCGCUGGACUCCUUCGAGGCCCCGGACUCCUCGGCCAACGCCAACGCCAACGCCGGAGGCGCCCACGAUGGGGGCCUGGACGACGAGGCGGGCGCAGGAGGCGGCGGCCUGGACGGGGCAGGCGGCGAGCUCAAGCGUCUGUGUUUUCAGGACGCGGGCGGAGGUGCCGGAGGACCUGCCGGGGGCGCGGGCGGCGCGGGCGGCACGUGGUGGCGGCGCUGGCAGCCCCGUGUGUGGGCGCUUUUUGAAGACCCCUACUCGUCGCGGGCCGCCCGGUAUGUGGCCUUCGCCUCUCUAUUCUUUAUCCUCAUCUCCAUCACCACCUUCUGCCUGGAGACCCACGAGGGCUUCAUCCACAUCAGCAACAAGACGGUGACGCAGGCCUCCCCAAUCCCUGGGGCUCCCCCGGAGAAUAUCACCAAUGUGGAGGUGGAGACGGAACCCUUUUUGACCUACGUGGAAGGCGUGUGUGUGGUCUGGUUCACCUUUGAGUUUCUCAUGCGGGUCACCUUCUGCCCGGACAAGGUGGAGUUUCUCAAAAGCAGUCUGAACAUCAUCGACUGUGUGGCCAUCUUGCCCUUCUACUUGGAAGUGGGCCUGUCAGGUCUCAGCUCCAAAGCUGCCAAGGACGUGCUGGGCUUCCUGCGUGUCGUCCGCUUUGUUCGCAUCCUUCGUAUAUUCAAGCUGACCCGUCACUUCGUGGGGCUGCGUGUGCUGGGCCACACGCUCCGGGCCAGCACCAACGAGUUCUUGUUACUCAUUAUCUUCCUGGCUCUGGGGGUCCUCAUCUUUGCCACCAUGAUUUACUAUGCUGAGCGCAUUGGGGCCGACCCUGACGACAUCCUGGGCUCCAACCACACCUACUUCAAGAACAUCCCCAUCGGCUUCUGGUGGGCUGUGGUCACCAUGACCACCCUGGGCUAUGGAGACAUGUAUCCCAAGACGUGGUCUGGGAUGCUGGUCGGAGCACUGUGUGCCCUGGCUGGUGUGCUGACCAUUGCCAUGCCCGUGCCCGUCAUUGUCAACAACUUCGGCAUGUACUAUUCAUUGGCUAUGGCCAAGCAGAAAUUGCCAAAGAAGAAAAACAAACAUAUCCCCAGGCCCCCGCAGCCUGGCUCACCCAACUACUGCAAGCCCGACCCCCCGCCUCCACCCCCACCACACCCCCACCAUGGCAGCGGUGGCAUCAGCCCACCACCACCUAUCACCCCUCCUUCCAUGGGGGUGACUGUGGCUGGGGCCUACCCACCUGGACCCCACACGCACCCCGGGCUGCUCAGGGGUGGUGCUGGGGGACUGGGAAUCAUGGGAUUGCCUCCUCUGCCAGCUCCUGGUGAGCCUUGCCCACUGGCUCAAGAAGAGGUGAUUGAAACCAACAGGGCAGGCAGUGACUUGGGUGUCCUGGUGGAAGGAGUGGACCCCCGUCCCAAUGGAGACCCUGCAGCAGCUGCACUGGCCCAUGAGGACUGCCCCGCCAUCGACCAGCCAGCCAUGUCUCCAGAGGACAAGAGCCCAAUCACUCCCGGAAGCCGGGGUCGCUACAGCAGGGAUCGAGCUUGCUUCCUCGUCACAGACUAUGCCCCUUCCCCUGAUGGCUCCAUCCGAAAAGCCACUGGUGCUCCCCCACUGCCCCCCCAUGCUGGCGUAAGCCAGGCCCCCCAAGCUUCUUGCCCGACCUCAACGCCAACGCAGCAGCCUGGAUAUCCCCCUAGUGGACGAGCCCCUUCCCCCCCAGGCUCUUGUCACCGCCUGAGACCUCGCGAGACCCUCGGGUUCCCCCUGUCCCUUCCCCCCAGGUUACGAGAAGUCCCGCAGCCUGAGCAGCAUUGUGGGCCUGAGUGGGGUGUCCCUGCGCCUCGCGCCCCUCGCCACCCCCCCUGGCUCUCCCCGGGCCACGCGCCGAGCUCCCCCGACCCUGCCCUCCAUCCUCUAGCGCUGUCCUCCCCUCUGUGGGGGGACUGGGGGUGAUGGGAAGGUGAAAAGGAGCUGGGAGUAGGGGUGGGGAAAGGGUUCUUUAAAAAAAAAAAAAAAGUCAAUAAUAUGCAAAAGAGAUGAUGCCAGCAGACACCCCCGGGCCUCUCACUCCCCAUAUACUAGAGAACCCAGGAUAGAGGGGGCGGGGCUGGAGCCUGUACCCCAACUCCCUCCCCCUUCCAAAAAAAAGCAAACCUCAGGUCUCCAUGAGCCAUAGGACACCCCUUCCAUCGACUCCUGUAAAUAACUAAAAGCUGAUUCCAUCUUGGGGCACCCACUCCAGUUUGCAUGCCUCCCCGACCUCCUCUUCAGCAAUAAGCCGCCAGGAGCUGUGUGCAGAGAGUUGAAGGGGAGGCUGCUGGGAGCCUCUGGGGUCGGGGCUAGCAUUUUAGGGGUCUUCCUGGUCACCCCCCCCAAAAGGGCAACCCACCCAUCACUAAUUGAUUCAGGAAAACCAAAAACCUCUAGGAACAUGUAGGAAAAGGAAGACAGGUUAAUCAGCCGCAGCCCCAGGAGCUCUGCUUGGGGGUGGGGGGAUUCUGCCAGCUGCUCUUGGGCUUGGAGGACGCCAGCUGGUGCAUUCCACCCACGCCCGCCUCCAGGGAUCUGCUCCCUCUAUUCGCUGCAUGGACUUGGCCCUCCAGGCCCAGAACCCUCUACCCAUUGCAGUCUCCACUCUAUCCCAAGAGGUGAGGCUAGUACCCUAGACUUAGGGAGAUAGAACCUGGCACCCUGCACUCCCAUACCCCACGGACUCUGACUCCGGCGCCCCACACUUCCUACCUCCAUCACUCCAUCCAUCCCCCACUGGCCAGGACUGCACCACAGAGUUCUUCCACCCUUCCCUUGCACCCCAGCUCAGUUCCAGCCUUCCAGGUUCUGACAGUCCUCAAGACCCUGACAUUGCCUAGACACCCCCACAU